CCCUUCCUGUAUGUACCUUUGACUAAAGGGGACCUGUUUUAUCGCUGUUACUUCGUUUUGACUCGGAUAACUGUCUGACUGGUUGAUAGUCGAGCCAGGUAGCUACCGGCGAUUGACAUAAGUUCUUUUUGUCUGCCCUUCCUCUUCAGCUCAUUCUCUUAAGAUGCCAUCAAGUAAGAAUCAAGUGACAGAAGCAGAGGUGCAAGGCUGGGGUAUGGCUGAAGUUUGUGAAUGGUUGAAAUCCUCCAAACUCGAGUCGUGCAUAGGAGAAUUCCAGUCUCUUCAGAUAGAUGGGCAGAGACUUUUGCUAUUGACCUGGGACGAAUUCAAGACCUUAGAAUCAAUGAAAGAAGAGAAGAAAAAAAAACUUUUAAAGAAAGCACUCGGGAAUUUGCCUGGUCGGGCCCCUCUAAAGAAAGAAAAAAAAGCAGCAAGUGCUCAAAAGAAAGGCAAUAAAUCUGAUCUUGCUCCUCCUAAUCCUGUUGGGGGUUAUUCUCCUAGUCCAAUUGGUGGAUAUCCUCCAAGUGGAGCAGAGGCACCAGCACUGCCUCCUCGUCCAGGACGUGGGGGCCCCCUCCCUCCUCCCCCCUCCUCCUCCCCUCAGCCUCCGCCUGCUAAUUUUCGUCCGUCUCCCAAUCCUCCUCGUUCCGGCCCUCCCUCUAAUUUUUCAGCUCCUCCGCCUCUCCCUUCGUCUCAGCCUCCUCCAUUGCCUUCUUCCCAGCCUCCUCCAUUGCCUUCUUCCCAGCCACCUCCUUUACCCUCGUCCAUGCCUCCGUCCCGUUUGCCGGGUCCUCCAAAUAUGCGUCCGCCUCUGCCUCACCCUGGGGUAGGACCCCCGGGAUAUCCUGGACAGUUUCAGGAUGCUUCAGGAUAUCACGACGAAGAGUCCGAAGACAUUUAUGAUGCUGUCCCAGAUGAAAAUCAGCAAGAUGAAUCUGAGGAUAUUUAUGAUGACGGCAAUAUGGAGGAUGAAAAUGAAGCUGAGGACUCUUUUGAUGACGCAGAUGACGAUGAAAUUGAGGAUGAGUAUGAAGAAUCGGCAACAAUUCAGCAGCAAAUGGGAAUGACUAAUAAAACAAAUGUACAUUUGGCAGUUCUAAAGGCCAAGUUCCAUGCACACGGAAUUGGUAGUAAUACUCUUGAUGGAAUGCAGAUGGGUCUUGGUGGUCCUGGGACUAAUGAAGAACCAAUAGAUGAUGAAAUAUAUGAUCUUCCGCCCGAGGGAGAGAUUCAAGGUUUCCAACCAGCUCCACCUCCAAUGGCCCCACCUCCGCCAAUGGGGCCUCCGCCCGACCAGCAACCAAUAGAUGAUGAAAUCUAUGACUGUCCACCAGAAGGGAUUGAGGGGAUGACACAAGACGACUUUGGGUAUGGCGAUAAUGAAGAUAUUUACGAUAUCGCUGAUGACGAUAUGACUGGUCAAGGAGAGCCCCCUCCAGUUAGACCCCCUAUGGGUGGGCCAAUUGGGUCCCCUGGGGUUUCAAUUAUUCGUCCUCCGAUAAGACCACCACAAGGACAACCUCUUCCAGUACAUGAUAUGCCCCGCCCACCUUUAAACCCGCCAGAAGAAGAUGAAGAGAUUUACGAUUGCAUGGAAGAGGAAGAAGAGCCUCAGGUUUCAAAACCACCAGCACCAGCUCCUUCGUUUGGUAUCGGAAUGAGACCUCCAAUGAGACAACCAAUUGAUUCAGUUUCCCCUUUAGCCCCGCCUAUGCUUAGACCGCCUAUCAAUCAGACAGUUGCUAAUGUUCAAAAAAAUAAACUGCAAUCGACAGCAUUCCAGCAAGCUCCACCUCGUCCUGGGUCGGGAAGCAAACCAACAAGUUUUCAAGAGAUUCAACAGUCAAAGUUACUGGCCACAUCAGGACAGGCUCCUCCUCCCAAACCACCUUCCUCGACCAAGCCUCCAGCUGUCCCACCUCCACCACCCGCUCCAGCUCCUCCGGUAGAAGAUGAUGAUGAUGAUGAUAGUGGAGCUAGUGGUGGUGGUUUAGCUAGUGAGCUAGCAGCAAUGAAGAAGAGAUUAAGAGGAGGGUCUAAUGCUACUCCACCAAUUGAAAGAAAAUCUACUUCAUUUGAGUCUUCAAAGCCACCGCCAGUUGCUCCUCCUUCUCCUGCCCCGCCUUCGUCCGGAGGUGAUCUUGCAUCAUCGAUAGCUAUGGCACGCAAUAGGCUUAGAUCAGGAACUACGAAAGAGCCUUCACCCAAACCACCAGCCGAGCCCCCAAAACCAAAAUUUGAAUUUGCAAAGCCGCCACCAAAGGAACCUGAACUGCCUAAGAAAGCCACACCACCAUCGUCUCCAAAACCACCAUCGUCUCCAAAACCACCUAAUGUUCCAAAACCAUUGACUGCUGAGAAACCAAAACCUCCCAAGCCCGGGCUCAAACCAGCAGUUGCUCCUAAAGGAAAACGAGUUGCGGCAUUGACUGGAAAGUUCCUAGACACGGGAGAGAAAGAUGUCGGAGGGUCAGGAGGCGGAGAAAAGAAAGCUGCUAUUGAGCUCGACCGCAGUCCGUUGACUGGCCGUAAAGUUGAUAGGAAACAGUCUGUAAAAGAGCUGACUCAGCGUUAUUCCUCCGAGAGUGAAGAAGAACCUUCUCCGAGUCAUAAACCAUCGAUUCUACCACCAAAAGUGGGAGGGGACUCUUCAGGAAAUGCGGCUAUGAAUGUAUUUAAAAGAAAACAAAUGGAAGCCGAGAAUGAAGCUCCCCCACCUCCAAAAUUACCCGGCAAACAGCCAGCGCCUCCACCAACCUCUUCUCCAUUCAAUAAGGCUCCUCCAUCCCCAGGAACAACAGCUCAUGAAGGACCUAAAGAUCCUUUCAGAAGAGGAGGAGGAGGGGAGCAACCUCCAUUGCCUGGUCGUUUCCCUCAAGGUAAUGAUGCUCCAGCUCUUCCUAAUAGACCACGUCCAUCAUUACCUGAUGGACCACAACAGAACAGUGCCCCGCCUCUUCCUGGAAGACCACUACCACAACAAAACAAUGCCCCACCUCUUCCUGGAAGACCACUCCCACAACAAAAUGGUGCCCCGCCUCUUCCUGGAAGACCACUUCCACAACAGAACAAUGCUCCUCCUCUUCCUGGAAGACCGCAAGAUGAUGUGCCACUACUUCCUGGUAGACCACGACCACAACUAAACAAUACUCCUCCCUUAAGGCCACCCCUUCAACAAGAAAGUGCAGCUCCUCCCCUUCCUGGAAGACCUCGUCUUGAUCCCCCACAAUCCCAAGAAGAAGUACAGCAACCUGCUUUCAAGCCUCCAUUAAGGUCUCCUAUAGCAGAAGAGCCUCCAUUACCAAAGAAAGCCGCUGGGCUAUCAUCUCAGAGCUGGUAUCACUCUACACUGGAUCGCAAAAACGCUGAAGCUAAAAUAAGAAGAUAUUCAAAAGAUGGGACGUUUAUUGUUCGUGAUAACACUAGGAACCCUGGUGAGUACUCACUCUCGCUGUGGCAUGAUGGGGGAGUCAGACAUUUAAGAAUAAGAAAAAGAGCAGAUAAGCAAUUUGUUUUAGGCGAAGAGAAAGUAGACGAACAACCAUUUAAAGAUGUAAUAGAGCUGGUUACUCACUAUAAAGAAAAGGAGCCAGUUGUAUUAAAAUCAGGUGGACAGACAUUUCUAAAAUACGAGUGUCCUCACUGAGGCCUCGGUAAUAAAUUGUUUUGUUUCAAUUUUCUGUUUGUCUUUUUAUGAAUGACUCAAUAAUGAUUACUAGUCUUGUUGUCUCCUUUUUAUUUUGUUUCUUAGAGCUUUGUAUUUGUUCUUUAGCCACAUUCCUUUAUUUAUGAUGUGUAAUUUUUUUAUUUCUAAUUAA